AGAGGCAGCUCCAGAGAGAACUCCACAACCUCCAACAGAGCAGAGAGAUUCUCUUGACACAAAACAGGAAAACUGCAAACCCUGACAGAAAACUAUCCAAAGACGAGCUGAAAAUGGAAGCAGAUAAGCAGAAAGCACAGACUGAGAAGGUUCAGGUCACAGACCGUGACCUGUCCGAGCAGAUAAAGGCUGCGACUAAAGAAAGUCAUGUCCGAGCCGAGAACACGGAACUGAUGCUGGCCUUCCAGAGAGCAAACAUCGGCCUGCAACAGUAUAAGCUCCUGCUGUGCUCCUUGUAUAAGAUCUACGAAGCUCUGGAAGAGGAACUGGACAGGAACGCUUCUCAUGACAGCGUCGCGCCAAUCUACUUCCCUCAGGAACUGGGCAGGACGGAGGAACUCAAGAAAGAUCUGGAGCACUUUUACGGUCCGGACUGGAGAGAGAAGAUGGUGGUACCGGCUGCUACGCUGAGAUACGCUCAGAGACUGAGAGAGAUCGGCAGCGAUCGUCCUGAAUACCUCGUGGCUCAUGCUUACACUCGCUACCUGGGUGAUCUGUCAGGUGGCCAGGUGUUGGGCCGCAUUGCCCAGAAGGCUUUAGGACUGAAGAACGGAGAGGGCUUGGCGUUCUUCUCCUUUCCCGCCGUCAGCAGCCCGAAUCUGUUCAAGCAGCUGUACAGAAGCAGGAUGAACAGCAUCGAGCUGACGGAGACGCAGAGAGAGGGAGUGCUGGAGGAAGCCGUCAGAGCCUUCGAGUUCAACAUCCAGGUGUUUGAUGAACUUCAGAACUUGGUGAGCAUCUCGGAGAAGAACGAGCUGAGGCAGAGACACAAAACGCCCAACCUCAAGACUCCAGGUAAAAACAUGUGCAAGCUGCACAAAUCCGGCAAUCUUUAUCUUAUCCAGCACGUUAAAGCCUCGACUGUCUCUCUUUCCUCAGACGCCAGAGUGAGCCAGAGCUCGGCGCUAUCCUCCUCACUGACGUCCGGCUCUCAGCUGCUCAGGAUGCUGCUCGGAGUGUGUUUAGCUCUGGCGGUCGGAAUGUAUGCCUUUUAAAUAUUACAGCUGUAUAUGAACGUGUAAAAUACUGUACUGUGUGGUAUGCAAAUGUAGAUAGUGACGAGUCAAUGUGAAACUUCUGAAUCAGGAAAAAUGUACAAUCUGUACACUUCUAUCCAACAUGCACUUUCCAUUCAGACAGGUUGUAUUUUGUACACUGUGUAAUUAUUUCUGUUUUGUGUAGCAAUCACAUCUUUUUAUAUGAAAAUUAUUAACUGUACUGUCCACAUAAUGAAUUAUCUUUGACCUGUACUGAAUGUAGCAAGGGGGUGUGUGUGUGUGUGUGUGUGUGUGUGUGAGAGAGACAGUAUACUGUUUUGCACAUUCUGAAGUGCUAGAAAUGUGAAAUACUUGUAAAUAUUUAGAGAAUACUAAGGUGUACCUUAGUAUUAGCCUUUUUAAAAAAAAAAUAAAUCACUGAAGCAAAAUUA